GGAAGGAAGAAAGGAGCGCAGGAGGCGGAGGCAUGGAUCCGCAGCCCCCUCCGCCGGCCCAGGGCAGCCCUCCUCACCGCGGCCGGGGCCGGGGCCGGGGCCGAGGCCGGGGUCGGGGCCGGGGCCGGGGCCGGGGGGGUGCCGGGGCGGCCCGGGCGCCCCUGCCCUGCCCGACCUGCGGCCGCCUCUUCCGUUUCCCCUACUACCUCUCCCGGCACCGGCUGAGCCACUCGGGGCUGAGGCCACACGCCUGCCCACUGUGUCCCAAGGCCUUCCGCCGGCCGGCGCACCUGUCCCGCCACCUGCGCGGCCACGGCCCGCAACCGCCGCUGCGCUGCGCCGCCUGCCCGCGCACCUUCCCCGAGCCCGCGCAGCUGCGGCGCCACCUGGCGCAGGAGCACGCGGGCGGCGAGGCGGAGCCGGCGGCCAAGGCCGAGGCGGAGCCAGGCCCGGGGCCUCAGGACGACGCGGGCCCGGUGGAUCCCGCGGCGGUGGCCGCCGAUCCGGGCGCGGCCCCCGCGGCGCCCGGGCCCGACGAGGCGGAGGCCGGCGCGGCGGAACUGCGCGCCGAGCUGGCGCGGGCGGCCGGGAGGCAGGAGGAGAAGCAGGUGCUGCUGCAGGCCGAUUGGACGCUGCUGUGCCUGCGCUGCCGCGAGGCCUUCGCCACCAAGGGCGAGCUCAAGGCGCACCCGUGUCUGCGCCCCGAGGGCGACCCCGAGGCCGACGGGGGGCCCCCGCCGCGCCCCAAGCGCCACCAGUGCCCCGUCUGCCUCAAGGCCUUCGCCAGGCCCUGGUCCCUGUCGCGCCACCGCCUGGUCCACUCCACCGACCGCCCCUUCGUGUGUCCAGACUGCGGCCUGGCCUUCCGCCUGGCCUCCUACCUCCGCCAGCACCGCCGCGUGCACGGCCCGCUUAGCCUGCUGGCGCCGCCGCCCGGCCAGGCCGCAGGCUCGCGGAACUCGGGGAAGGGGCCCGAGGCCGGCGAGGGCGCAGCCGGUGGCGCCGAGGGCGGCCCGGGCGCGCAGCCCGCAGGGGAGGCUGGCCCGGCCCGCGCGCCCGCCGGCGAGCCCCGCUUCUGGUGCCCCGAGUGCGGCAAGGGCUUCCGGCGCCGUGCGCACCUGCGGCAGCACGGCGUGACCCACUCGGGCGCACGCCCCUUCCAGUGCGUGCGCUGCCAGCGCGAGUUCAAGCGCCUGGCAGACCUGGCCCGCCACGCGCAGGUGCACGCGGGCGGCCCGGCCCCGCACCCCUGCCCGCGCUGCCCGCGCCGCUUCUCCCGCGCCUACAGCCUCCUGCGCCACCAGCGCUGCCACCGCGCGGAGCUGGAGCGGGCCGAGCUGGAGAGGGCGGCCGCACUGCAGGCCCAGGCCGCGUCCUCGCCGCUGCCGAAGCAGGAGGCCGAGGGGCCUCCCCUGAUCCCCGCACACAUCAAGGAAGAGCCGCCCUCCCCCGGGACCCCGCCUCAGUCUCCGCCCGUGCCCCCCGUCUUCCUUAGCGCCUCCUGCUUCGACAGCCAAGACCACUCAGCCUUCGAGAUGGAGGAGGAGGAGGCGGACAGCAAGGCCCACCUGUGCGGCCUGGCCUCCUGACCUCCUCCGCUGACCCCUCAAGCCCUGGACACCACAGCGGGGCCACCUGGGCCCGCACCCUCCCAAUUUCCCACCCCACACACCCCUGAUGUGCAUUAGCAACGGCUCUCCCCGGAGCAAGUCGAAGGCAAGAUGUCUCAGAAAAGGAGGGGACAGACACUCGACCAGCAAGGUGCAGACCAGGGGGUUGCCCCAGCCUGCCCGUCCCCCGUGACACACACUGGACACGAUCACCUUUUCCGAACUGCCAGGCCCUGGGGGUUCCCAGUGAGCACGGCUCUGCCUCCCCCAUUCCUGUCUGUCUGUGAAUAAACAUGAGUUUGUGAACAUUGA